AUGGACUCCCACACCACCCAGUCCAACCUCCCCCGCCCCCGCCGCAGCGACAUCUCCAGUCGCCCGGCCUUCCUCAUGUUCCCCUCCGAGGGUUCCGUCUCAGCUUCCGGCCCCGCCGCCGCCACCGCCGCCCCUUCCACCAUGGGCAUGCCCCCGGCCACCACCACCACCACCACCGCCACGGGCCACGGCAUGCCCACCACCGGGGCAGCAACAAGCAUGCCCCUCCUCCCCACCUCCCUCGGCCCGCUCCACCCAAGCCGCUUCCCCCCCUCCGUCCCCUCCCCGCCCCGCACCUACGCCGAGGCCCACGCCCUGGCCUACCGCACCCCCGGUGGCCUGUACAUGGUGCCUCCGGGGUGGCGGUUGGCACUUGUUGAGCAUGUGGUCUUGCCGGGGGCGCAGGGGGGGUUGGGGGCAAGGGGGUGUGAGGUGGUUUUUGCGGGGUUUGGGGGGUGGACGAGGUGGGAUUUGCAGAUUGUGCCUGUGGGGAGUGUUUUGGCUGGGUUUGAGAGGGAUGAUAUGGAUGAGGAAGUCCCGGAGGAUGGGGAGGAAAGGGUGGAAAUUGAAGUUGUUGAUGGGGUUGUUGAUGAGGUGGUGGGUGCUGGGGAGAGAGAGGAGGGAGAGGGGGAAGAGAGAGAGAUGGUGGAUUGGGAGGUGGCGGAGAGAGAAUUGGAAGAUUUUGAAGAUGAUGCCCUGGCCGAGAGGUUGGCCGCUGCUGGGUGGUCGGACGCCACCGGGUGGCCGGAGUCGAUGUUGCUGGGUCAACCCAGUGUCGACGGCUCCGUCUCCGACCCGGCUGCCCCUGAUACACCGACCAUCGCCCGCUCCAUCCUCGGCACCUCGUCGUCGUUCUCCGGGUCGGCCGUCACCUUGGUGGACUGGAGCAACGAAGACAGCGAGUACGAGUAUACGAGCAACUCCGAAUAUGCCGGCGAGUUUGACGACCGCUCGGCCUAUGAGAGCGAAAACGACGACGGCGAGUUUGACGGCAUCGAGUUUGACGGCAGCGAGUUUGACGGCAGCGAGUUUGGCGGCAGCGAGGGCGAUGAGAGCGAGGAGGACGGCAGCGAGGAUGACGACGGCAGCCAGGAGGGGGACAGUGAGGAGGACUCCGACAGCGACGAGGACAGCAGCCGCGACGAGGGCAACGACAACGACACCGACACCGACGACGAGGUCUCCUCCGCAUCGGGGUCCUCGGACGCGUCGGGCUCGUCGGGCUCAUCGUCCUCCCCCGGCCCUCAGCAGCAACAACAGCGACAACAAAGUCAAACGCUGAGUCGGGGCCGGGGAGAGCUGCGGAUCCGGCGGCUCGUCUGUUGGGCAUUUCCUAUAGAACGGGCCAGAGGAUUGUCCUUUUUGAGAUCGUUAGACGAAGCAUAA